AUGCCCAAGUCCGUUGACACCGUUGACCUUUCUAACACGGUCAGCGCCUACUAUGCGCCCGCGACAAUUGCCCCCGCGGGCAGGUUGAUUCACGUCGCUGGCCAACCCGGAAGCACAAAGGACGGUGCAGUGCCUGCCGAUUACGAGUCGCAAAUCCACCUGGCUUUGCUGAACUUGCGGAAGAUCAUCAUCGCGGCCGGAUCUUCAAUUGAAAAUAUUGUCAAACUCAACCUAUACAUCGUCAACUACGAUGCGGCCAACCGCAAGCAUACCCGUCACAUCCAACGAUUCCUUGCCGGACACCGACCGGCUAUCACCCUGAUUCCCACCCCCAGACUUGCCGUACCCUCGUGGCUUUUCGAGAUCGAUGCCGUAAUUGCCCUACCAGAGUCGUCGGUACCUCCAUCCCUCCCCACGGCCAAUGAGACGACCGACGUCAUCAUUAUCGGAGCCGGUCUUGCAGGCCUUUCGGCUGCUCACGAUGUCUUGCGUGCAGGUCUGUCAUGCGUUGUUCUGGAGGCGCGGGAUCGGGUUGGUGGCAAGACGUGGAGCACGCCACUUUCAGAUGGCAAGGGAGUCAUCGACUUGGGUGCUGCCUGGAUCAACGACACCAACCAGAGCAAGAUUUACGCCCUAGCACAACGACACGGGGUGGAACUGAUUGAGCAGAACACUCAAGGCAACGCGGCUUUGCAAGACGCCGAUGGCAACUGCUCUCCUUUCGCUUACGGAGAGCUUCCAAAUGUGACACCGUUUUCUCUCCCCUCAAUUGACGCAUAUAGGACAGUAGCUAAUCCUUAUCUGUACCAGUUUGACAAAGCCACCCAAGCACAUCUGGCAGGGAUCCGGGAUAUGUGCGAAGCUGAUUGCCAGGCCCUCGACACAUGGCGACCGAAAGACACCAGCCUGGAUUCUCUCACAUUCGAGGCCUACCUGCGCUCCCGGGGAGCUAGCGAAGUGGCCCUCUCUACCGCGACUGUCUGGACCCGCGCCAUGCUGGGCCAGGAUCCCAAAGAUAUCUCAGCUCUGUACUUCCUGAACUACUGCAAGUCCGGGGGUGGUCUGUUGCAGAUGCGGUCGGAUCGUAGGCACGGUGGCCAAUAUCUGCGCGUUCGCCAGGGCACCCAGGCUUUCUCGUUGGGGCUGGCAUCUUCGCUUCCGGAAGGCACCGUCCGACUCUCGAGCCCCGUUCAGUCGGUUAUCCAAACUGCCGACCGGGCAGUUAAGGUACAAGCGGGAGGCGCUGUCUAUGCCGGCCGCAAGGUCAUCAUCACGGUGCCCAGUCCGGCCAUGAAGAGCAUUCUCUUCUACCCCAAACUGCCUCCCGCGAAGCAAGCGUGGAUCGAGUCCACCACCUACGGGUACUAUACCAAGGCCAUGAUGGAAUUCCGCUCACCCUUCUGGGUCAAGGCUGGCUUCUGCGGCCUCGCACAAUCAUUUAUCGGUCCCGCCAGCGUGGUUCGCGACAGCUGCAGCCCCGAAGAUCGCAAAUAUGUUUUGACGUGCUUCUUGUCGGGUGAUCCCGGCCGAGCAUGGGCAGCGCUAUCCACCAAGGAGCGAGAGCAGAGUCUGUUGCAACAACUGACCAAGCUGUUUGGUGUCUCCAACCUCGACUCUGUAUUUGUGCAGAUGACCACGUACGAGUGGGUGAAUGACGAGUGGGCCGGCUGGGGCUGUCCGUGCACUGCUUUGACCCCCGGCGUCCUGGACACUCUCGGCCCCGACGCGCUGCGGGAAAGCUCGGGCAAUCUGCAUUUCGCAGGCACUGAGACGGCUGGAGAGUGGAAGGGAUAUAUGGAGGGUGCUAUUUGUAGCGGAGAGCGAGCUGCCGCCGAGGUGUUCAAGAGCUUAAAUGUCGGCAUUACCUCACGCCUAUGA